AUGCAGUUAGAGGUUGCGAUUGUGCAUCGCUGGGAGACCGCACGUCCAGUUUACUCCCAUGUUAUAACGAGCCUCGCUAUCGGAUCGCUGUCGCACUCGACGCAAGCGAUAAAUGAAGACUAUCGGGAAGCGUAUUUCAAUGGUACGGGAUUCCUCAAGCUCGGCUCGACGGUUUCAGUUCAUCGACACAGCGGAUUAAGUUUUCGAACUUGCGAGGGCGGAAGAUUGUUCCUCCAGACCUACAACGAUGACAUGAUUAGUCUGGAUGUCACCCCGGACGGGCUGAUUUUCACCGCUAUCAUCGACAAGCAGCGAUACGAGGCGAAACUUAUCGCUAAGCUGCUUAAUAACAUCUGGCACAACAUUAGCCUGUUCUUCAAACUCGGCAAUCUAACUCUCACUGCCGCUGGACACAGUCAAAUCAUAGCCAACGCAACUUACAAUUCAGCUAUUCUCAUGCUGCCUGAUUAUAAUGUUAAUAGUACUCUAAUUGUCGGCGAAGGCUUCAAAGGAUGCAUUCUUCAAGGACCCGGAAUUCUUUUUAAUAAUACUUAUAAUUAUGGAGCUAUUUUGGGAAAAUGUCCCACUGAUUUACGUAGUUGUGGACAGAGCAAUGUCGGGAGUACAAUGGGAGGGCUAUCGAGUGAUAUAUCCAAGAAUUAUUGUCACAAUGAGCCGUGUAUGAUGCACGGAAAGUGUAUCCCCCUGAUAGAUGGAUACGAGUGCCAGUGCUCAGCGAGAUAUUCCGGGAAAAACUGUCAGAUUGACAAUGGCUCGCCGUGUAACAGCAAUCCGUGCAGAAAUUUGGGAACUUGCAAGGAAGACGAGAAGGGAGACUACAUUUGCAUUUGUUCUCAUUCGUAUACGGGUUAUCACUGCGAGUCCCAAUUGAGCGGACGCUCGUGCAAAGAUAAUCCCUGCAGAAACAAGGGCAUAUGUUUGGCGUUCGGUGAGACUGACUACAAAUGCAAAUGUGCUCCUGGAUGGGCUGGAAGACACUGCGAAAUAGAUAUUAACGAGUGUGACCCAAAUCCCUGCAAAAACGGCGGUCGGUGUGUUGACGGAAUCGAUACUUACACGUGCAGGUGUGAAAGCACUGGGUACGAGGGUAAAAACUGCGAGAUAAACAUCGACGAGUGCGUAAACAACCCCUGUUUGAACAAAGGCCACUGUUACGACAAUUACGGCGGCUAUGUAUGUCACUGCCCGGAAGGAUUCGAGGGCCAGAAUUGCGAGCUGAAUCUCAACGAGUGUAUUUCAAGCCCCUGCAAAAACGGAGGUACCUGCGUCGACGACGUCGGAUCUUAUCACUGCAAUUGUCUGGCGGGCUUUGCCGGAGAGCACUGCGAGAGACGGAAUAACUGCGAAAACAGGGUCUGUCCUUCGAACAGCAUUUGUCUGGACGUCAAGGGCGGUGCUCAGUGUGUUUGCAAGCCGGGGUACAUGGGGAAUCCCCCGAAUUGCAGCAUAAACUUGUGCGCUAGCAACCCCUGCGAAAACGGCGGUACCUGCAGCAGCAAUAACGACGGCUACAAUUGCACUUGCCCGUCCGAAUGGAAAGGAUCGCAUUGUCAUAUCCCGGUGUCUGAUUGGUGUUCGGUGUGUUACAACGGCGGUACUUGCAUUGAAACCAUCUAUGGUGUGAUGUGCCAGUGCCCCAGAUUUUGGACUGGAUCCCAGUGCAAAGAGCCAGUCACCUGCCGAGAUAACUUGCCUUGUAGACAAGCGACUUCUUGCCAUGACUAUCCUGGGGGUUAUUACUGCAGCUGCGAGCCAGGUUGGACUGGACCGGAUUGCUCGAUCGACAUUGACGAGUGCUCUAAUGAUCCUUGUCGGAACGGAGGAAUUUGUAUCGAUCAAAUAAAUAAUUAUUUUUGUCAAUGUUUGCCGGGUUUUACGGGUAAGACAUGUCAAAUAAACGUCGACGAGUGUUCAUCGCAGCCAUGUAUGAACGGCGGAACCUGCAUUGACAGUACAAACGGCUACUCCUGCAACUGCACAUCUGAUUACAUGGGAGAGCACUGCGAGCGCGAGUACGACGCCUGCGCAAUAAACCCUUGCACGAACAAUGGAACCUGCACCCUGACACCCCGCUCCAAACUAGAGUACGUCUGCCACUGUCAACCGGGCUUCGAGGGCAAGAACUGCGAGAUAGACGUCGACGACUGCAUCUCUGUAGUCUGUCCAGGAGACCGAGUGUGCGUCGACGCGGUCGCCGGUUACGAGUGCAAAUGUCCUGAAGGCUACCGGGAACCCAACUGCACCUUAAUAGUGAACCACUGCUUGAAAAAUCCCUGCAUCAACAACUCAACCUGCGUGGACCUAGGCGAGCUGGACAGCUUCCGAUGCGACUGUGCUCCAGGGUACACCGGGACGAACUGCGACCUGGACAUCAACGAGUGCGAGUUACUAGGUAACAACUCCUGCAACAACGGGAUCUGCUUCAACACCGUCGGCAGCUACAACUGCUACUGCCGUCCUGGAUUUUCCGGGGACCACUGCGACGUCGACGUGAACGAGUGUCUCUGCGGGCCCUGCCAGCACAACGGGACCUGCAUCGACAAGAUAAACUCAUACGAGUGCAGGUGUCCUCCGGGCUACGGCGGGAAAGACUGCGAGAUUGACAUUGACGAGUGCGAGAGCAAUCCCUGCAAGAACAACGCCGCCUGCAUCGACCAAAUCGCAGCUUACACCUGCGACUGCGUUCUAGGGUUCACCGGGCACGACUGCGAGAUCAACAUCAACGACUGCGAAUCCCAGCCGUGCCUGAACUACGGCCGGUGCAUCGACGGCAUCAACAACUACACCUGCGACUGCAAAAACACCGGAUUCGAGGGCGAGCACUGCGAGACAAAUAUCGACGAGUGUCUCUCCAACCCUUGCGUGAAUCAAGCUGUCUGCGUCGACGACAUAAAAACCUACAAGUGUCGCUGCUUCACAGGUUAUACCGGGCAGAACUGCGAGAUUGACAUCAACGAGUGCGAGAGCUCUCCCUGCCAGUACAACGGAACCUGCUUGGAAAGAUCCAACCAGGAGUUGUACAAGAGCAACGCCAGGAACUUACCGGGAAUAUUCACCCAAGAAUUCAGCUACGCAAACGCCAGCGGGUACGAGUGUCUCUGCGUCCAGGGACUGACUGGCCAGAACUGCGAGAAGAACAUCAACGAGUGCGAGAGCAACCCUUGCAUCUACGGAAAGUGCAAGGACAGAAUCGGCGGGUACACUUGCGAGUGCGAUGACGGAUUCGAGGGCGACCACUGCGAGCAUGACAUCGACGAGUGCAUGCGCUACCAGCCUUGCCAACGGGGAAACUGCUCCGACGCAGUGGCUGACUACUACUGCGCCUGCGAGCCGGACUACGGCGGUAAAAAUUGCUCAGUGGCGCUGAUCGGGUGUCAAGGCAAAGCUUGCCAAAACGGAGGAACUUGCUGGCCUUAUUUAUUCAACGAAACCCAACACAGGUUCAACUGCACGUGUCCUUACGGUUUUCACGGGGACAUUUGCGACCACGUCACCACCAUGUCGCUCAGCGGAAGUUCUUACGUCAUGAUAAACACGAGUCGUGACGAAGGCUACGAUAUCCAAUUUAGAUUCCGCACAACUCUUCCCAACGGACUUCUGGCUAUGGGCAAAGGAACUACCUUCUACAUCCUGGAGCUGGUUGACGGCAAGCUUAAUUUGCACUCCAGUAUUCUGAAUCGUUGGGAGGGAGUCUUUAUAGGAAGCGGGCUUAAUAAUUCCAAGUGGCAGAGAGUUUUUGUAGCUAUCAACGCGACGCAUUUGGUGCUGUCUGCUAACGAUGAGCAGACUAUCUAUCCGAUUAAUUUGAACGAAGGUUCAACGACCUCUCCGACGACUUUCCCGACGACUUACGUCGGAGGAACUAUCAGCUAUCUUCGGAAAUUGACUCACGGCCCGCCGUUCUUUAUUGGGUGCACUGAAGACGUGAUAAUCAACGGAGAGUGGAUCUACCCGGACAUGAAUUCUGAUAGUGUGCUGAUGGAGUCCAUUGAGCCUAGGUGUCCUCGCGAGGAGCAGUGUCUUCCGAACCCCUGCAAAGCUGGAGGACACUGUACUGAUCGCUGGCAAGACUUUUCCUGCAAGUGCGAGCGACCUUACCUUGGACACACUUGCCAGUACAAUAUGACUGCCGCGACUUUCGGAUACGAGAAUAUCAAAGACGGCUACGUGAUGGUAAAAGUCGCUGACGCUGCAAGACGAGCCAUGAGGUAUAUUGUUGACAUUUCAAUGUUCAUCAGGACUCGCGAGCAGCGUGGUGAUAUUUUUUAUCUAGGUUCUGAACUGAGUCCUUCUGAUCCCAAGUACCUGGAGAACACCUACAUCGCAGCGCAGCUGGAAGGAGGAGAAUUGCUGGUGCGCAUGCAAUUCAACGGCACUGAGUCUUACACUGUUGAUGGAGUCAAGCUCAAUGACGGCAACAACCACUUGAUCCAGGUGAUCAGGAACCUCACACUGGUCCAGGUUAAGAUUAAUGGAACUGAGUACUUCAGAAAGACUAUUAGUGCUACAGGACAGCUCAAUGUUACUGUUUUGUAUCUGGGUGGGCUUCCCCAGGUCUCGAGGUACAUCAGGCAGGUCGACAGGAGCCAGAUGGAGCUACAGGUCCCGCCGAACAACAAGGUCAAUUUCAAGGGUAUUAUUCAGGACGUGAGAAUAUCAAACGGAGCUGAGACUAUGGUUGUGGAGUUCUUCCCGCUUAAGGCUAAAGACAUCCCUCCGCCGAUUCAGUUUGGGAAUGUUACUUUGGACAAGGAAAAAGUGUUGCCGGGUGAAAUAUCUGAUCCAGUGUGCAAGAGCAAUCCUUGUUAUCAUAAUGGAACUUGUCAUGUGACUUGGAACGACUUCUGGUGCCAGUGUCCGAGAGGUUACACCGGUAAGACUUGUCAGGAAAUGGAGUUCUGUCAGCUGCAAGAUUGUCCUCAGGGAUCCAAGUGCCAGAACCUUGAUGGAGGGUACGAGUGCAUCGCUAAUGCUACUUUUGACGGUACAAGCACUUCUUUCACUUAUGUUUACAACCAGUUGAAGAAGAAGAAUAUCAUGGAGUCCGGGAUUGACUCCAUUGAAAUAAUGUACAGAUCCAACAGCGGAGGUACUUUGAUGCACAUGGCGCCUCACGGGUCAACCGACCAGCAUUUCACAGUGUCUGUCUACAAAGACAACGUGACAGUGGCCUGGAAAUUGGACGUUCUAAACCAAGACACUGUAUCUUUCGGCAAAGAAUUGGCCGACGGCAACUGGACCUCGAUAAUCCUCAAAUUAUCCACCAACCAGAUAGUUUGCGGCUACAAGAACACUCUAGACGAAACAACAGCGCAUUCCAGCACCAAGUUCAACCUGUUAGCGUGGUACGACCUGCUGAGCACCGGAGCGAUAACCCUGGGCGGACUGGCCAGUAGUUUAUGGAACGCCAGCGGGUUCGACAAAGGAAUCAACGGGAACAGCGUGGAGCUGCUGGAGCACCAGCUGACGACUUCGACCCCUCCGCAUGAAAUGAUGUCUGGAGAAGCUUUCAAGGGUUGUUUAGGCGAGGUCAGGAUUGGAAGCAUGCUCCUGCAUUAUUUUACAUUCGAGCAGGUUUACGGAAACGCGAAUUUCACUCCGAGUGAGUACUUGGCACUCCAGUCGAACACCAGCCACAGCAUCGGGUGUCAGCUGUGCUUCGAGCACGAGUGCAAGAACAACGGGCACUGUCACGACGAGUUGAACAGCUACGUGUGUGAUUGUCCGUCGGGGUACACUGAGGCGGACUGCUCGGUGGACAUCGACGAGUGCGAGAACAAUAAUUGUCAGAACAACUCGACUUGCAUUGACGGGAUCGCUAAUUACACCUGCGAGUGCACUAGAGGCUGGCAGAGCUGGCAGUGCGACAAGGAUGUAAACGAGUGUGUGCCAACGAGUCCUUGCCAGCACGAUGGAGUGUGCGUCAAUCUCCCGGGGUCUUUCAAGUGCGAGUGUCCGGACUCCUUCACUGGAGAACUCUGCGAACAGUUCCGGCUGAUCACUUGCAAGGAUCAUCCGUGUGAAAACGGGUCCACUUGCAGCGACGUCGUUAAUCAUGAGACUGGAGAUAAUUUCACUUGCAGUUGUCUUCCGGGGUAUGAGGGUGUCAGGUGCAACGUCGCUUACUGCAAUGUCAAGAACCAGCGGUGCCAGAACGGCGGCAGAUGCGACUCCUUUUUUUAUCAGUCGCCUCAGUGUACUUGCUUGAGAGGAUUUGCGGGAAGGUACUGCGAGAUUAAUAUUGAUGACUGCGCCAAGGAUGAGCAAGGCAAUGUUCCUUGUAAAAAUGACGGAGCUUGUGAGGAUGGUAUUGAUAAUUAUACUUGCAAUUGCACGGGGACUGGGUACACUGAGCCCAAUUGCAGCGAAGAUAUUGAUGAGUGCGCGCUUGGGGAUUAUGACUGCGGGAGAGGAAAAUGUAUCAACUCACCUGGGUCGUUUCAUUGUGAAUGCGAGCCUGGGUACUGUGGGUACAAUUGCGGGAUGGAAAAUCCUUGUCAUGAUGACAUUUGCUUUAAUGGAGGAACUUGCGAGUGCAAUGUUGAAAGCAAUGGGUAUGUUUGUGUUUGUCCUUCUGGAUUCACGGGGCAAAAUUGCUCGGAGUCGGAACAUCUGCUGGGAAGUCAAGCGAAGGACAUAGCGUUAAUCGUCGGACCCAUCGUGGCAGUGAUUCUCGCGGCGAUAACAGUAUCUGCGACACUAUUUAUAAUAGCAGCGCGUAAAAAACGCGCCACCCGCGGGACAUACAGCCCCAGUGCGCAAGAAUUCAGCAACCCGAGGGUGGAAAUGGACAACGUAAUGAAACCACCUCCUGAAGAGCGACUGAUUUAA